AUGUUCAAGCGGAUGUUUGAAACCGCGACAGCGACUGCGUGCCCAGAAGCAACCGGCACGGCACCUUCGGAGCAUGCAAACAGCAUGGACCUAGAUCUAUCUGCCACAGAAUCUGACAGCACCAAACCUGGACAGGCUCAGCCAGUUAAGUCUACCCACAGUGGUCCUUCAUAUCCUGAUAUAGCUACUGCGGCAAGUGGAGAACUUGAAGCAAAGUGGAAAUGGUCGAUAUUGAAAGACACAUGGACUGACUGCCAUAUGUUCAACUUUCCCUCAAGAAGCAUCCAUGGGAAAAUGAGAAAGCUGUCAUCAAGCUGGUUGACAGACCACCCCUGGCUCAGAUACUCGAUUUCUACAGAUGCCUUAUUCUGCGCCCCCUGUUUCGUAUUUGGACGGAAAGAUGCGAAGGAGAAAACUUUCAUCAGUACACCAGUGAAGGAUUGGUCCAACCUAGCCAAGUACGUCAAGAGGCACGAAUUAGCAGAGUCAAACCAUCACAAUGUUACAGCUAUGGCGGAACAUUUUCUUGAUAUACAAUCAGAAAAUCGUAGGGCAACAUACACAUCGCCCGACAUACAGAAUGAACUGAUCUGUUUGUGUGCUGAGCAGAUACAGAUCGAAAUUGUGCAGGCAUGCAAUGAUGCAGUCUGUUUCGCUCUUAUAGCCGAUGAGUCGACCGACAAGUCAACAAAAGAACAGGUGUCCGUGUGUCUGCGAUUUGUCCAACGUGGAAGCGGUUCCCAGCAAUUUAGAGUCCGUGAAGAUUUUCUUGGAUUUGUUCAAGCAAGUAGAACAACUGGCGAGGUACUUGCAGAACUACUCUUGACCUCUCUUGAAAAUCAUGGAAUCGAAGUAGAUAAGAUGCGGUCUCAGGCUUAUGAUGGUGCCGCAAAUAUGUCUGGAAAGCACAGGGGCGUACAGGCACGAAUUCGUCAACGGGUGCCGUCUGCGCUGUAUGUACACUGUAGAGCCCACUGCCUCAACCUAGCAGUUAUGCAUAGCAGCAAGGACCCAUGCAUAAGGUCAGUGAUGACAACUGUGCAAGAGGUAGGGUUUGCAUUUGAUUAUUCGGCCAAAAGACUAAACUUCUUUGUUGAUGAACUUGCUGCUGACCAAGACGCACAGGAAAAGCUGAAGAAGCUGAAGAAACGCACCAAACUGAGAACUCUGUGUGAAACUAGGUGGACUAGCCGAGCCGAUGCCCUCUCAACGUUCAAGUCAGCAUACAGCGUUCAUGCCCUUGAACAGCUACAGGAGGAUGGCGAUGACAAGGCAGGCCAACACUUGGCGUCGAUCAUGAAGUUUGACUUCAUAAUCGGACUGGUCGUUGCUGAGCACGUUAUGCAAAGUACAGUUCCGUUGUCUUAUCUUCUUCAGGCAGUCGACUGCGAUUUGCUUGAGGCAACGCGAGAAAGUCAAACCCUCAUCCGCCAGUUUCAAAACGAAAGGGCAGACCCUAACGUCUGGGAAGCAUUGUUUCAGAGCGCUAAAGAUAUUGCAGCAGAAUUUGAGAUUGAACCUUCAAUGCCCCGUCUUGCUCAACGCCAACGAAACCGGGCAAACCCACCGGCCAAUGAUCCACAACAGUAUUGGCAGCGAGCUCUCUACUUCCCUUUCUUGGACCAUUUGUGUCAAGAACUUAGCGACAGAUUGAUUGUGGCCGAGGAAAGAUUCCGUGCACAGUACUUGAUUCCAUCCAAGUUGAACCUUUGCACAGACGGAAUGGUGGAUCUCAUUUUUGCGGGGUAUUCGGUGGACCUACCUCAGGGAAACCAGUCAUUCCAUAACGAGGUUAGGCGGUGGAAGGCUAGAUGGCAAUUGAUGGAUGAAAAUGACAAACCAAGCACAUUGGGUGAAACUGUAGCAUCAACCAAUCCGGAUCUUUACAAGGGAGUUUAUACAGUACUCACCAUUCUUCUGACCAUGCCGGCAUCAUCUGCUACUGCUGAACGGAGCUUUAGCGUUAUGCGCAGGGUGAAAACCUACCUGAGGUCGACGAUGCGGACAGAGCGCAUGACAGGACUUGCCCUGAUGCACGUAUAUCGGGAUGUUAACAUUGACAUUGACCAGGUAGUGUCUAAAUUCGCUGGAAGCAAAAGCCGAAGGCUUGACUUUGUUUAA